GCCGCUCCCGGCCUGCCGAAGUUUCACUUUUUGUCUGUGGGUUCGCUCCCGGGCCCCGCUCCAGCUUGCCCCGGGAAUAAGUAGCAUUAGCGGCGGGAAGAGCCGGCCGCUUGCAAGGACCUGAAGAGAAUCCUGACAGCUAGAGUGUUGAAAGAGGCUUGAAAAGAAGGCAAACAGGAGGCUUUGCUCUCUGAGCUGCCUGGGACCCCUCUCCAGGGUGGUCUCCAGGGAGAAGGCUGGUGGGAACUCAAGGACAGAAGCAGAGAGAAUCUGUCAGCUGGUUCUGCAUUUGCCAUUGUUCUCUAUUCCCUCAGUGGAGGGGAGCUAUUUUCCCUCAGCUGAGACUAGCCCAUCAUCUGGCUGAGCCUGUGUCCAUUGUCCAUCCCUAAAGCCAGAAGCUGCUUCAGAUUUCAACGAUGUCUCACCCAUCUUGGCUGCCACCCAAAAGCACUGGUGAGCCUCUUGGCCACGUUCCUGCCCGGAUGGAGACCACCCAUUCUUUCGGGACCCCCAGUAUUUCCGUGUCGACACAGCAGCCACCCAAGAAGUUUGCUCCAGUGGUGGCCCCAAAACCCAAGUACAACCCGUACAAGCAGCCCGGAGGAGAGAGUGACUUUUUCCCACCCCCACCUCCACCUUUAGAUGAUCCCGGUACCCUUCCACCUGGCUCUGGACACUUCCCUCCUCCUCCACCACUGGAUGAAGGUGCUUUCAAAGUCCAGCAGGGAAAUCCUGGAGGCAAGACCCUGGAGGAAAGGCGGUCCAGUCUGGAUGCCGAGAUCGAUUCCUUGACCAGCAUCCUGGCUGAUCUGGAGUGCAGCUCUCCCUAUAAGCCUCGGCCCCCACAGGGCUCUACUAGUGUAACGGCCACUCCUCCAACUGCUACUCCAGUCACAGGACAUAAGAGAAUGGUCAUUCCCAACCAGCCCCCUCUGACGGCCACCAAGAAGUCGGCCGUGAAACCACAGCCUGCCCCCCAGGCCGCACCCAUCCCAGUGGCUCCCAUUGGAACUCUCAAACCACAGCCUCAGCCAGUUCCAGCCUCCUACACGACAGCCUCUACACCUUCAAGGCCCACCUUCAACGUGCAAGUGAAGUCAGCCCAGCCCAGCCCACAUUACACGGCUGGCCCAUCUGCUGGACAGAUGUAUGGUCCAGGGCCUCAUGGCUAUAACACCCAGCCAGUUCCUCUGUUGGGACAGGGUCCUCCUCCCUCCGCUCGUGCUGGUACCGACUAUGCAUACAUCCCACCCCCGGGACAUCAGCCUGAGCCGGGAUAUGGGUACACCUCCAACCAAGGACGAUAUUAUGAACCCUAUUAUGCAGCAGGGCCUGGUUACGGGGCCAGAAAUGAUGCGGAUCCUUCUUAUGGACAACAGGUUCACCCAAAUACCUGGAAGCGGGAACCAGGGUAUCCUGCUCCUGGAGCUGGGAAUCAGAACCCUUCCGGGAUGUAUCCAGCCAGUGGUCCUAAGAAGACCUAUAUCACAGACCCUGUGUCAGCCCCCUGUGCACCACCAGUGCAGCCAAAGGCUGGACACCCUGGGCCUAUGGGGGCUCCUUCUGUUCCCCCAUCAUUCCGGCCAGAAGAUGAGCUGGAGCACCUGACCAAGAAGAUGCUGUAUGACAUGGAAAAUCCCCCUUCUGAUGAGUACUUUGGCCGCUGUGCUCGCUGUGGGGAGAACGUGGUUGGAGAAGGGACAGGAUGCACCGCCAUGGAUCAGGUCUUCCACGUGGACUGCUUCACCUGCAUCGUCUGUAACAACAAGCUCCGAGGACAGCCUUUCUAUGCCGUGGAGAAGAAGGCCUACUGUGAGCCCUGCUACAUUAAUACUCUGGAGCAGUGCAACGUGUGCCACAAGCCCAUCAUGGAGCGGAUCCUCCGGGCCACCGGGAAGGCCUACCACCCCCACUGCUUCACCUGCGUGAUGUGCCACCGCAGCCUGGAUGGCAUCCCGUUUACCGUGGACGCCUGUGGCCUCAUCCACUGCAUCGAGGACUUCCACAAGAAAUUUGCCCCACGCUGUUCUGUGUGCAAGGAGCCUAUCAUGCCUGCCCCGGGCCAGGAGGAGACCGUCCGCAUCGUGGCUCUGGACCGUGAUUUCCACGUGCACUGCUACCGCUGUGAGGAUUGUGGUGGCCUUCUGUCUGAAGGAGACAACCAAGGCUGCUACCCCUUGGACGGACACAUCCUCUGCAAGACCUGCAACUCAGCCCGCAUCAGGGUGUUGACCGCCAAGGCAAGCACCGACCUGUAGAGUCAGCCGCCCGCCCAGCUGCUGCGCGUGCGUGCGGCCCCGAGAAGAGUGAAACAUGAGAAAAAGAUAAGAGAAGAAAUAGAAAAAUAGAGGCAAAGUUCUCAACCCCUGGGAUGGUCUCUGUUCUUCACCUGCUGUUAACCUUUCCUUUAGAAGCACAUACAUGAUGGGAUUUGUUGAAGUUCCUACCGAAUACACAUUUCACAUUGAAUCAUGUAGGGCCUUCGUGAGCCUUUGUUGCGAGGACUUCCACAUUUUUGCACAGAUUAUGCCCCCGUCCCAUUCACUUCUGCAUUCCUGGAACUUUUAAUCCCCGUGCUUGUCUCACUUUUCAGCUGGUUGAAUAGAUGUUGAGUGUGGUAUUUGCUGUCACGUGAUUUUCCCUGGGUGAAUGUGCCAGCCUGCAGGUGCUGUUAGCUUGAUGUCCCAUCUGUCCUGUCACCUUUCCCUCCGGCUGUGGCUACAGAAGUUAGCCAUCCUGUCACCAGGUAUGGCAAAGGUGAAUUCUCUCAUUGUGCUACACCGCUCGCAACUCCUGGUAAACAUAAAGCGGGGAGGUGGUUGUACAUUUUUUCCGCUGGGCUAUAAAGAAUUUAUGUGAAAAAGAUACAUAAAUUAACAGGAGCCCAAAUUCAGUUUGCAGUUAUCCAAAUUCGUAAUCUGUAGUGCCCAGUGGUCAAGGCUCAUUUGAAAACAUUUAUUGGCCAAUAGCUAAAAAGUGGAAAAAGAACCAGAUUUCACUACGGAGCUAAAGAACCCACGUGGGAAAUGCUAGCCAAACAAUUGCUGUUUGUAUUUGAAAAGCCCAGUAUAUUUCAACAGUUCCACCUUGAGAUUUUCCUCGCCACCCUAUCUGCACAUAAGGCAGACUUGCUUUUGGUACAUUUCCAAUUCUCUCCAACACUUCAUCUUAGAAGUACCGUGAAUUUUCUCCUAAUACACAAACGUGGUUACUACAGUUAACAUCUAUCUACAGAGGAUAUGUAUUAAAAAGGAAUCAAAAUCUUAUCUUUCUUCAUUUUAUAAUGACCCAAAUCUGUUUUUUUCCCUGAAAAUUGCAAAUUGGGACACAUAAAAUGAAGUUAUGUAACCAUGUUCCGUCUUCUUUAAAAAAGAAAGAAAAGCUGGGAAAAGAUUGUGAAACCAGAGUCUUAUUAUUCUUAUAAUCCUUCUGCAACUCAAGUACAUAUUGCAGGAGACAUUUUCCUAUCUUCAGUGUGACAUUUACACCACACUUUCAAAGACAAUCACUGAAAACAAAAUUGUCUUUCUGAGCUAAAAAUAUGCAGAAUGGCUGCCGAGAAUCUUUCUGCGAACUCUUAUUAGCCAGUGAAACGCUUGCAUGCCAACUGGAGCCAGUCGGCUUUGUCGAGAGGAGAGGCCUCGCUUAGCAGUCACGGCUGGCCAUUUGGUGAACUCACUGCUCAGUAUCUUGGGAUGAGAUUUCCCAAACCUCUCUUUAAAUCUUCUACAAAUAUAUACUUUUAAAUUAUGGAAUACUUUAUACAGAAGGGUAUAAAUAAUAAUAUAAUGAAUCCCUCUGUAGGUAACACCCAGUCCUAGAAAUAUAGUCACCUUAAGUCCCACAAAUACCUUUUUAUCUCUCUUAGACGGUGCUGGGAGUUGAACUUGGGUCUCACGCACUUGACAAGCACCCUGCCGCUCCUGCGUUCUCAGCCCUUCUGUUACUUUUCUUUUUUUUUUUUUUUUUUAAAUCUUUAUGACAUGAUGAUCUUCUAGUCUGACAGUUUUAAUUUUAACAUUUAGAGCAAAAUUUUUUUUAAUUACUUGUGCAUGUUUAAAAUUGCAAAGCCAUGCCUCAGGAAUUCCAUAAAGUUUAUUUUACUUGAAUAGAAGUCAUCAUAAAAGUGAUUAAAAGAAACCCCUAAGCCUUUGUCACCCAGCUCGUCUGGGUCAAUCUGUGGCUUAUUUGCUUUCCUCGCUAAGCAGUGUGCAUCCCCAGAGCUAUGAAUUGCAGGGGCUUCCUCUACUGCCUGCUCCUACCUUGCUUCUCUUCUCGCGAGAGUCACGGAGGGCAGCUUGUGGAUUUCAGGAUAUGGUGGUGGCUCUAUCCCUGAAUUCCUGUCUUCCAAAUCAAAGGCUGGGCUGUGCCAGUGACCUCAGAGAACACUGCCUGUCAGACAGCCGAGAUGGCAGUACAGUCGGCUUGAGCUCACUAGAAUGUCCACCAUAAAAUGGUUCAGGAAAUUGUCUUUACGCCAAAAGUAGAGUCCAGUUUAAUGAGGGCAGGAAUUGUGUCUAGAAAUGUAGUAAUAUUGCUAUAAAUUUAGACAACAGAGGAAGAAUUUAUGUAAUAUUUAUACUAUAGAGCAAUCACAUCCUAGUUGUUUGUUACCUUUAACUCCUUCUGUAACCGGAUGUUUACAUGCGAGAGUUACAGGAAAAUGCUGCCGGCCACAGCUUCUUCCCUGAGGUUUUCUGGGCAGAGCUCAUCCUGCUUACAGCCUCUCCGCGCGUUCUCAUCAAGUAACCUCAGAGUAUCUUUACCAAAGAUUUUUAAAGUGAAUUUCUUUUUAAUAUAGACUUAUCCUUUUAUAAUAACGAAUGUGCACAUACACAUAUACAGAAAUAUUUAGAAUUAGAUGUUUUUCUUUCACAAGAUCUAAUACGUAUAAAGGAUCCUACCACUUUAUUCUGCAAUUUCUUUAAUAUAUGAUUUACAUUGCCUUUUUGUUUUUGCCUACUACAAAUUUGAUUUAAAUAAUACCCAGUCACUCUGUUCUUUACUCUUUUAGCUAUUCAAAGUUUUGCCUACUGUAGAGAUAUAAGGAUCAUAUUACUUUAAUUAUUAUACACAUUGUCUUUUGAUAUAUUGCCUCACUAUCAUUUAAAUACAUAAAUAGAAAAUAUAAUGUCUGUAAUAGAAAACUUGUCAAAUUCUAUCUGAAUUGUUUAAAUAUCAAGAGCACAAACACUUGGUUAUUCUGUAUCAAAUGCAAUACAUAGAUAAGGAAAAAACCCACCGUCACGAGCUCUGCAGAGAACAUUUCAAAGUAAGAUUCUCUUUCUGUUUUGAUAGUUGUGGGGAUGGAUCUCUGAGCCUUUCAUGAAACAGACCAGCCCUCUACCAUAGCUAAGCCUCCCAUCCAGAAUAAGGCUUUGUAGCUGUUGGGGUUCCCAUUUCAGACUGGCUCAAUAUGGAGCUGGGCAAACAAAAUGGCCUUUAAAACUCACAGAGACAUCAUCACAAGUCGUAGCUCAAGGCCUCAGCAUUCCUGAAACAUUGCCGUCUCUGCAGCUCAAAGACGUGGGCUUUUUCCUGUCACUAGCGCGUGGCGGUCCCUGUUGAAAUGACCUCUCUGAUCACAAUUACUACAUGGGUUAUAUGCUGAUUAAUGAAAUGCACUUGAAAACACUAAUUGUUUUCUACAAAAAUGUCUGCAAAUAUGUCUAUGGUGGGCUUUUAAAAAGUAUGGACUUGAAUGAUGAUGGACAGCUAUUUCGUAUUUGGGUCCAGGGGAAGGAGAACACACACUCUGUGAGACUGUAAUAGAGCGUUGAUAGACCAGAGACAGGACUCUGCCAACCAUCUUCCUAGUGACUACAAAUCCUAUUAAUGUGAACCAGUCAGGAAGAAGAGUGUUAUUUCUAUUUGAUAGGGUUUGGGCUUCUCCUGUCAGCUCUGUGUUGGUUGCCCCCUGAUCCUUCCAUUAUCAAGUUUUGAAGGGUGUCGGGAAAAUUAUGGCAGCUGCUAGGGAGAUCAGGGAAACACGGAUGCCACCUCCCAGCCUCUCGCCAUCCCUCUUGGCUUGGAAAGGCAUUUAUAUAUAUAUAUAUAUACAUUUCUAGAAAUAUUGCCAUUGUACCUUAGUAUUUCACAUUUGUAGUUUAAACAAGUGAUUGUCCAUCUGUUGCCUGAAGCUACAGUACAUGUGUGUUAUGAAUGAAAUAUGACAGCAUGUUCCAUACCCCUGCUUCAGCCAUCUGUAGACAACCAGCAACCGAAAAAGAUACCUCUGCAAAAUGUGCCUCAAGUCCAUGUCCUGGGAUGGCUCUUCUGGUGCACUUUCAUGAGAGACAAUCAAAAGCAAUCUGUAAUUGUGCCUUAUUUUUAAAUAAUCUUGUUUACACUACUAUGACUAUUGUUCAGUAAUAGAAAUACUAAACCCCAGAUCUCAAAGAUGUAUCGCGCGUGCGCACACACACACGAGCACAUACACACACACACACACACACACACACACACAUACAUAUACAUACACAUACACACACACACAAAACGGAGGGUAGGGGAGAGCUGCAUCACUUCCAUCUUAAUAUAUUGUUUCUUCAGUUUGGAAGGACCUCAUGAGUGUCAACAAGAGCAUGCUCAUGGCCAAAGUGAUCUGUUAGGUGUUGUAAAUGCUUGUGAUUUGAUCAUCUUCUUGCUUUACUCAGAUAAAGACAGAGACUCGAGCCUGUAACACCCAUUCAGCACACACAUUUUAAAAUCAUUAUUUUUAUUAUUUGUUUGAAUUAAUAAGGAACAGUCUUGAUUAUUGAUCAAGUUAGGAUUAUGGUACAGCCAUGAAUAUUUCAGGACAAGUUAUGUAGUCGGUUGAUCAUUGGAAAUUGCUGUGGUGCUGUAGGUUUGGUUAGCAUAGCUUUAUCUCAGACGUUUUACAAUUAACCUGGCCAAAGCUACUGUGAUCUAACGCAAGUGCGUAGCUACUUGCUUUCAUCUCUCCGUUCCUCCUCCCUCCCCCUCUAUUCCUUCUUUCCAUUGUGCCUAUUAACACUGCCCUAUUAGGCUCAUCUCUUUAGUCUAGUUAGGAUACCAUAACAUUAUGAUUGCAUUAGAGGAGAAAGGUACCAGAACAUAUACUUAGCCUCCAGAAAACCCUUGUUUUACAGGGGCAUACUCUUUAGGUUGUGUGUAUUCCUAGCGGGAGAUGUCGUCUUUCAGCUGUGUUUUAAUGAGGCCUUGUUGGGGACUUUGCUCGUAGAGUCCUUCUUGAAAACGGAUCUAGUUUUCUCACCUGUAGAUAUGCAAAGUGAACUUUCUAAAGCUAGACUGCGAUUUGUUUUUAACUCAAAAGCAUUUUGACCACAAAACACUUGGAUUUUUAGUGACAGAACAUGAUUUUGUCCCACUGAAAUUAACUUGAUAAAUUUCCUUGUGGCAAGGGGAAACUAUUUUCCCAGUUUUUAACAUUAUCACUUAACCCAUGGUCCAUAUUAAAUGAUAAUAAUUCACUCCCAGUAUUUGCAAGGGGUAGGUUAGCACUAGAACUUUUCUUAGAAUGUAGAUUAUUUUCCAGACAUAUUUUCCCUUAGUACAGAGAAGAAAGAUACUAAUUUACUUUUCUGUUUUAAUUUUUCCUUCCUUAUGCAAAAAUUUUAGACAAUAUUUUAGUUAGCUACCAUGCAUAUGACUAAUUGUGGAAAGCUAUGUAAAAGACACAUUUUUAUCCAUCUGAUUGGAAAAAAAUGCUCAUAUCUUUUCUCUUUGCUUCUGAUUGGUAUUUGUUUUAUAGCAAUGUCUAAGCAGGAUGAUAAGUAUCUCUACUUCUAGCAUUUGUUAAAAAUUAGCAUACUACAAAUACUCAAAUUCUUUUGUAAUAUUUAGAAUGAAGGGCUAAGUUAAGUUUUCCAAGAUGCUCAUCCACUUAGAAGCAAGACAAAACUUCAUUCAUCUAACUGAUAGUCAUCUACUGUUUAAACAGAAUACUGUUUAAAUAGGCACAAAUGCACUCUAUGAACUUAUCUUUGAACAUAACUUCUAAAUUCAGUUCUCAAUCUGAGAAGCAGAAUGUUCUGCCAGGAAUACAGAUGUCACCAUGUCACCUCGUGCUCUACCCCAGUGCUGGGAGGUCUUGCUGAACACAAACAAACAUACUUGGAGGCAGUGCCUGGGUAAACAGUGUUAUGGUCCUUAUAAAGAUCUGCAUUCUCUUGCUUUCGUGACUGAUGACUGUAACGUUUACCACUGGAUAUGGCCAGUGUGGAAUACUGCUCAAAGCAACCCAGCCUAGCUGGAAAAUGACAUAGACCAUUCUAGAUUCUAGACUCUUCGCCUCUGUGGCUUUGAUAUCACCAAGUCUUUCAGCUUCUCAUUGACAUUGACAUUGACAGUGCCUGUUUCUCUCCUGUUCCCAUGUCAACAUUACCCCCAAAUAGUUCCUAAAUCUAUUUCCAUCUACUCUGUGGCUCCGCAAGUGCUGUCCAUCAGAGUGGGUGAAAGCACUUUUCUUGGGGUUGAGAGGAAAAGGAAUGCAAAGACUUCAAAGGUAACUGAGAAACUCCCUUGAAGAGAAUCCCCUCCUAAUGGUAGAUCACGUAUGCAUACAGCCCUCUUAUUUCCCGCGCUGUUUAGUUUGUUUGUUGAACUUGUUGCAUCGAUGGCUGUGGUGCUGAAAGAAUCCAAGUCAUUGAGAAGCGAGGGAGUGAGCUAAGGGUUAUUCCCUCCACAAGAGUCCUGCUGCCUGGCCUCAUAAAGGCUCCCGUGUCCUUUGCCUUUCUGCUUGUCUUCUCAAGGAUCUCGCUGUCUAUAUUCCCGUGAUGGAUACAGAAAAAGGUUCUUGACACUUGGAAGUCUUGCAUCAAUAUUAGUCUUUGGUGUCAAAAGUCUUCCAUUUCGUUCCUAAUAUUUUUGUCUAAAGCAAGCAGCUUCCUUCCAUGAUCAGUUUGUCCUCUCCGUAAGAGUUCAGGAUUUAUCUUUUUUUGUCUCCUCAAUAUCCUUAUUCCUUAGCUGAUCUUGUUUUAAUGAUCAUUGUUGAAUCACUCUGAGAGGUUCAAGCUGACUGCAAUAAGGUCAGUCUGUACUUCUUCCUAGGGAGGAAUGUGGCAUGGGAAAGACUAGUUUCUCACCAUGGCCUCUGUGGGAGUUCAGGGAGGACAUGUGAGGACAUCCUAGGCUGACUUACUGGCUUCAUUGGGAAGUUGAAAGAGUCCAACAGGACAGCAUAGGCUCCUUCCUGCAAAGACGCAUUGGCCAUGAUGCAUGGAUUCUGGAGUCUUAGUAACAGCAAGAGAAGCUCUCAGAUACUCAGGCUCAGUGAGAGAGGAAAGUCAGCAAAGAAAAAUAAACUGUUAAUCCCUUCCCAUCAACAUUCUAGCUGGAGGAGGGGAUGAUUGGUCAGAAACAGCUUCCUGUUGUCUUUGUUGCAACAAGUGCAUUCUUCUUGACCCACACUACCUCCUCAGCUCUUGCAGCAAGUGUGCCUGUCUUUUGAACCCUCAGAAAGGAACAAGCAGCCCUUGUCUACUUUUUUGUUCUUCUAGGAACGCAAUGAGGGCUCCCAGCCAUCUGUCACACUUGCUGUUUCCAGUUCUCUUACUGACUCCAUGCUGCACAGUGAAGUUUCCUCAAAUGGUACCUGUCAAGGAACUCAGCACCCUGUGAGGAAGUCUCUUUGUUUCAGCUGUCCUUGUCAUUAAAACAGGGCCAGUCUUUGGGCUUAUGUCUUCCUGGGUUCGUAAAACAAACCUAUAAAACAAAAUAAAAUACCAGCUUCCCCCCUGUUUUUACCUACAUUAUAUUUGUUUGGUUUUUUGGGGAUGUGUGACUUUUAAAAACAACUUCUGUUUUUAGCCAAAGAGUAGAAAAGCUUUAAACAUCCAUAAAAACCAGUCAAUAUGAUUUCUGACAAUCACAUGUUAGACUUUGUGUGAAUUCUGUUGGUUGUAUUUUCUGUUCAGGAAACAAACCGUCCUGACAGUGGUCAGAAAGCUUUGUGCUCUUCCUUAGUAACUGUCCCGUGAACAGUUUGCUCCAUUGAUCUGACCCACUGAUAAUGACCUUUAAAAUGUUGGGAAAUAUCACUGUGUAAACGCCAGCUUUCACAAGGAAAAAGCCAAAAAGUAUGGUGGGACUGCUAAAAACUCAUCACUUCUGAUCAGUUCUUCAGCACAAAAACAUACUAUCCUUAAGGAAAGAAUGUGUGAUGCUGCAUUUCAUGUAUAAACAUAUAAAUUCUCUCACAGUUGCCCUGGGUUACAGUUCAGCUAGCAAUCAUUAGUCUUUGGAAAGGAGAAGAUUGUGUCUCUUCUACCCCAGCUUUGAAUUUGAGAGCCCUAUAGCAAGAGCCUGCUCUCUGCCCCUGGGUAGGUAGCACCUAUGCGUGGAUUUCAGAGCUGUAAAAUAAUAAAAUUCCUGAGAGAGCUUACAAACUGCUUUCACACAUAGAACAGCCCUGGGAAGAUGGUUAUUAAUAGCCCUGUCCUAGAAGAGAAAGCUGAGGUUCAGAAUCAUUAAGUGACUUGCCAAAAGCAAUGUAGCCAGUAAGUGUGAGAUCUGGGCAUGUACCCAACCCUGUCACAUACUUCUCACAGGGUACUGAAGGCCCUGUUUAAAAAAAAAAAAAAAAACCACGGAAAUUCAUAGGGGCCAUGUGGUUAUCUGUGGCAGGUGUACAUGUGUAUCAUAGUGUUGCAGAUCAUUCAGAGCUUGCACGGAUCUGUGUCAUCUUGUGGGAAGCGAUGGGUCUUUGUGACCAGCACUGUGAUGAAGCCUGUGGAGCAAAGGCCACUGAGAGCCAACAGUUGAGCAGAGGUGCAUGGCAGGCAGCAAGUCUCGCCAGAGAGUGUUGGUUUACAUCAAUGGCAAACCUCUCUGGACCUGUCAGGUUCAGGAUAUCAACGGAGACUGUGUCAUUUAGAAUACAGUCGUGUGCCGAGGUGACCUGAGUUUUAGGAAAGCCCUCCCUCCCAUGGGCCAUGAUGUACAUCCCACAGAGGCAGAAACUGCUAUAGGUUAAAACAAAAACAACAACAACAAAAAAUUAGUCUCUCUAUCCGUUCACAUUUAUGUAGAGGCUGCCAAGAGUAUGCUGACACAAAAGAUUUCUGAUCCAAUAAGCCCAUGACCAAAAGGCCGAAACAAGCGCUAUGGAAUGGAUGGCCUUUCUGAAAUUUAGCCUUCAUCAUCUGAUAGGUGGUACCUCUCAGGCUGUUGUGCUUUUGUGAUUAAUAUACCCUCAUCACAAGGAGGUUAGCAUUAUGUUCUUAACACAGACAGCAAAAAAUCCUACUUGGAGGACCCCGGGUACAUUCUGUAAGUCAGCCCACAUCACAACUCAGCAACUGAGCACCCCUCUUCUGGCUGACUCCCUGAGAAGCUGUGCAUCCAGGGGCUGUCAGGGCUUUCUUUCUCUUUUCUACCUUCUGGCUAUUUGCUACCAGUUGCAGAUCCAUUGAUUAAAAUAUCCUUUAUUUACAUAACAUCUGCACUAAAUCUAGAAAACCUUUCAGAUACCCUAAUUUGUAAGUUAGGCAUUUUCCUCCCUAAAGUCUCUGCUCCGUCAGGCCACUCAUCUGCCUGUUCCCUGAGAUUAGGAAAAGGCAAGUUAAAUGACAAAUGGCCUCCCAGCCUUUUCCAAGUCUUCCCACAAGGGAAAUAGAGGACAAGAGGACCAGAAGGUUGGCAUCAUUGCCCAAGCACUCUCAGCCACAGGCCGGAAUGGUGUCUUAUCUUUCUGAGAGGUCUGAUGGAUUUUAUGGCUGGUAGAAUGGGAAGCAUUUCCUCUGGCACAGAUGAGGUAGUCCACCCAAGCUGUAGAUCAAUGAAACCUGUUGAGCUCUUCUCGGAGUUACCAGAUGAGUUACCUGAGGAGAGACUUGCCUCAGUAGCGCUGCCCCAUCUCAUUAGACAAAAGGACAAUAAAGAGGUGAAUGUGUAAGGGUACUCCUUCGUGGAAAUAGUUUUCAGAUAUCUUCAUGAAUCAACCACACAUCCUGGCUUGCCUUCAUAUAAUAUAAAGAAAGGACAAAAGGGGGGACGAAAAUUUCCCUUCUUCCACCCUAUAUAAUAUAGUUCCAAAGAUUAGAGAAAGCACAAUUGUGUUUUCUUUGAAACACACACACACACACACACACACACACACACACACACACACACAGAGAGAGAGAGAGAGAGAGAGAGAGAGAGAGAGAGAGAGAGAGAGUUCUUCACCAAAAAAAGCUGAUUCUCCAAAAAAAUAGAUCUUAUUUUAAAACAUUUCAACUCUUCAGGCCAGGAAAUUAAUAAUUCCUAGACCUGACGCAUUUUCAUAGCUUCCAAAAAGGAAAAGAGAAAGAAAUCUACUUAAAUUCUAUGUGAAUCUAUUUAUCUCUUAAAUAUGCCAAGGCAGUUUGAUGCAGGAGUAGAAAAGUGAGGUGCUUCUCUCUCUUGCUUGGGUCUCUGCUGUUUCUGUCAGGGAAAGGGUAAAGAAUAAGCAACCAGCAUUCUUGGGGCAUUGUGUUAUUGUUUUCUAUGGCAUCUGCUUUGCUUCAUAUUGAGCUGUAGGAAUUAAUCCUUGGUUUCACAAAUCCACAUUCUCCAUCGUGGGUAAAUAGUAAGUCUGAAUAUCUUUGCUUGCCAAACUGUUUAGUUCCAUUUCUCAAUCAGAAAUUGUAAAAUAGGCAGAGCUAGCUUGCAUCUCUACAUCAUCUCUCAGCCGCCCUUUGCUUUAUUUCUUAGGGGAGACUUGUGUGAAAGAAAAACAACCUGCUUCCUCUUCAUCCCUCUUCACCUUUGGAUAAGCUCACUUAGUAAUCAGAGGAAUAGAAGUUGGCCAGGUUAUGAGGUAUCUGCCUCUAAUGUGUUUCAGACCUUCAAACACAGAAUGGGAGCAAAGGGAUUUUCAUAAUUUAAAUACCAACAAUGGGAAUGGUCUUAACUUUGCCUAGCAAAUAGUGAGGUGGGAACUGAUAUUUAGGUGAUAUGUGCAUUAUAGUAAUCUUUUGUGUUCUUCUUGGUUUCUAGAAGAGUGUCAGAUACAUCAGUGUGUGGGAUUACAUCACCAGAAGUCAUAGUGCCAUAGACCUCAUUCACUUGGGAGCACUAAUUCACUGAAUUAGCCUACUACCCUCCUUCUACCUCAAGUGGAAAGUCUGAUCUGAGAUGUGUCUUAGAUGAGAUGUAGACUCCUGAAACUGAUCCGAUCAUCACUGUUUUGCAGUGAAGUAGUAGCAAAAUAACUUUUCAGUGACUAGCCUUUAACUACCCAUUUGUCACUUGGGACACCUGAUAAGCACAGCAUCCAAGACCUCUUUCCUCAUUCAUGAACGGUAGAAUAGUUCCCCUUCCAGGAUCUGAAUUGUGCUCUUCACUUUUCCCAGAAACAUGUCAAGGGGAAGAUAGACUUAACGAUGACACGUGGCUGUCUGGUUCAUGGGCAUGAAUAAGGCUGCUGUGGGGAACUGCAUGCCCCAUGCAAAACCUUACACUUAGCAGCCGAGUUGUGCAGCUGCAGAAAGCUCUGAGCUCCGGGUGUGCUCUGUGUAGUGACCUAACCUGGGUUUUGUUCUGUCGUGUCUUAGUCUACACCUUUAUCAUUACUUAACAGAUUGGGGGCUUUUCUUUCUCUACUGCUGAGUAUGGGAAUGUGUGCAGUUAUGAGAUGAACUUUCUAAGUAGUAAGCCUGUGCCACCAAGGAGAUGUGACCCAAAGGCGCAGGGCCCAGGGGAGUCAUUUUGCCCGAACGGCACACCCAGACUGUCAUUUCACGGCUUUGUCACAGGCUUUUUCUCCUUCUGUGCCAUCACCUUUGAGAAAAAUGAUUGCACCUUCUCCAAGUCUGCCUUUUUAACAGCUACAGUUGAGUUGGCAAGACUUUCCCAGCUCCGAAUAUAGCCAUUUGCCGACUCCGGCCUCUGUGAGACUGAUUCAAAUCUGUGAUCUUCUGUUCAGCAUACACAUCAGCAAAGUGAGAAGAUGGAUGCUAAAUAUAGGCUCUAUUAACUUUACUUUUAGAUGUACUGCCUUCAAAAAGUGCCUAUUCUGAGAAACAUAAACGUUAUUCCUACAUAUGUAUGUACACACGGCACCCAGAGUCGUACUGUUCAGCCUUCAAAGACACCAUCAGAAAGGAGUAGGUGCUGCGAUACGGAAGCAUUGCCAAAUGGAAGGAAGUGGCUCAUUUCCAAUCUCCCCUACCGUGGCUACCGUGAAAUGGGCUGAAACAGACUCCCCGGCACUUCCUGCUGAUACAGCCACUUUGCCUUUAUAUGCCAGGAACAGUGGCAAACUGCUGAGGAACCUGUGCUCCAUGGCAAUAAGAUGCUCACGAACAUUUAGUCAGGGGAAAAAAAAAAAAAGGCAAUUAAUGUGUGUCAUGUGUGUGUUUGUAAACUAAGUAUUGCUAAAUUUAGCAUGUCAGCAGGUUUCUUUUAUCUCUUGGGCUAACUUCGAGAAGACUAAAGAAAAGACUUGGCUUUGGGGAAUGUAGGCUCGGGGGCCAGGUGCCCCUGCCAGAUCCCUGAAGCAUUUUUACUCCAGCUCCUAAGAAUACUAGUGCGUGCUAUUUGAGGGGCUGUGUUCCUGGAGCUCAGUCAGCGACAUGGGGACUCUAGAUGUUUGGGAUGAGGCGGCCGCAGAGCCUGGUCGGGUGACUUGUUACCCAGGGGUGGCAGGAGGAGAUGAGCCAGGUAGAUCUGCUGAGGUAGAUGGCGAUGCUGGAUGAUUGUAGCAGGGUUGAAGGGAGGACACAGCUCCCAAAAAGAUUCUUCUCAAUGUGUCGUCUGACUCGACCAGCUGGCGGAUCCCACUUGCCAAGUCGUUUCCCUUCCCUUCUAAGUCACUUGGCUCCACAUUCUCUUCAGUAUGCCUCUGAGGAAAGUAAGAUGUGUCCACUUAGCCUUUCUGAAGGGACACACCGUGAUGUCCUCUUGGUCACAAAGCUACCAUGAAAGGCCGCUUCCCCCACUCAGUUUGACCCAAUGAAAGGAAAGGCGACAAGCUGUGGAAGACACAUUUGAUGGCAUCGUAGUCGUCCACCACUCUGCUCCCCAUAGAGGAGCCCAGCAACCCAAAGCAGAGCUGAGGGACCAAUGGCACCGAGGAGUAGUUCCAGGACUAUGGCCACACUUCUUCAGGAGCAUCAUGAUUGGAGCCAGGUUGAUUUUUUUUAAAGAGAGUUGGGCAGUACUUCUCCCCCAAAACAUUUCUCCUGUUGUUGAUCCUUUUUAUCUCUCUCUAAUUUCAACACUAAUCAUUUUCUAUUAUUGACAUGAUCCGAUUUUCAUGCUAGACAAUUCCAACAUCUCCAUGUGAUGUCAUCAAGUCUUUGGAAUACAUAGGUUCUCUUCCUUGGAAACAGAUACCGUGUGGCCUUGCUCUGAGUUUCAGUCCAAUAGUCCCCAUGACCGUGAGAGGUAGCUUGAUAUGAAAACUGAGUCAUAUUUAAUGGGACAGGUCAAGGACAGGGGAGGAGAGCUGUCAGGAUUUCUCUGUGCAAAGGGUGCCUGCCGGCAGCAGGUAAUUCCUCCUAGCUAAUCACAGCGGCAGCCCCCCCAGCAGCUGUGAGUCUCAGGAACAGUUUCGACAGGGAAAGCUACCCCAAGGCGUGGAGAAUAGGGCUUUUUUCAUGUGUGUGAUACUGGUAGAGCCAUGGCAUUUCCACAGUGUAAGCAAAGUGCAUGCAUUCACUGCCUCGUAAACCAUCCCUGACAUCCCCACAGCAGCACACAUGGUUCCUUAUGAAAAUCACAAUAAGUUGUGUUCUAAGACUGCGAUUUGGGUAAUUUCUUCUGUACUUACACAUUAUUCAAUUAUAUUAAAAUGUUUUUAUUUACAUUCUAUCAGUUUUGAUUAUGUUUUCCCAGUGCUCUUAUGAGAAUAAAUAUAAAAAUCACAUUCUUUUUUUUCUGUAAAGCAACUACUUUAUAUUUAGAUAUCCAAUAAACUUCUCAUUCCACUUA